AAUUCGUUUUCCAACGGCUUCAUGGAAGCUCGGGCGGAGACGGAGUGCACCUACACGGAUAGCAGCUUCAUCUCCCUGAUGCAGAUGCAUACUGAGCUUAUGACAGACUCCGUCCGUUCACGCUGCUCACAAAAAUCAAUCGAUCUGAACGUUCUGCUCAAGUGCUCACAAGCCGAAGCCCUAAAAAAAAUGUUGCUCUGCGGUCUCUCUUAUAACAAGCUUCUGGAGGACCAAAAGAAACAAGGCGAAUUUUACGUCACACCGACCACAUGCAGUUACCUUGCGGAAUUCCAGCACUGCAUGAUCGAAGUGGAGAGAUCAACCGGCUGCACAAAAUCGGAGCUUCAUUUGCACACGUCUACGGUACUCAACUUCUGGACGUGGAAUGUGGCUCCAUUAUGCGAAAGCGCCGCGUCCCUGCUGUUAAACGACGUUGAUCCCAAAUGUGACUUUCCGAAGAGCAUUCACAAAGCGCUGAUGUGUGGAAAGGAAUUUCAAGAGUACGCUGAACAGGCAACGUGGGAGAGUAUGACCUUCUCACAGUCAUGUUCGUCCCUGGAAACGUUCGACAAGUGUUUACAACGAGCACUGGAAGUCCGCCAGUGCAAGCAUAGCCUCGGAGCUCAAACGCAAAUCUCUCUAAUCAAAUCGAUGCUGCGGUCAGAAUAUAAAAUAAGCUGCACAAACAUGUAUCAGUCCGCCCCCGGACCGCCUGGCGAGCGUUCGGACGAGUACCUCUUGAGCGACUACAACUACUACUUUGGAGAAGAAAUAGCCCGAACUGAGGUCACUGAUAAACACAUUGAAGGUUUCGCCGAAGAUGACGCCAGGAGACGCGGAAUUCCAUUUGCAAAGCGGGCACGCUCUCACCUCAUGGACAAACUGGCCCGGCCCCUUCGGGACAAAAUUAAAACGCUGGGAUUCAAGAACGUUAUGAAUAUUGCGAAAAAGAGACUGAUAGGCUUGACUGAGGUUUUGACUUCAACGCCAGUUCAAUCAAACAGCAGCAAUUCAAGUAACGAGAUCAGUUCUACGCCAUCGUCCGUCAUCGUGGUUCCUGUUGUGGAGAACGACGACUCACUGUGUGACAUGACCGCGUACGAAAAAGAAAGUCAGCGAUGCAAUCGCUACAUUUCGGAACAAGCGAAAAGUUAUCGGAAGAACUUGAAAUACGUUCCAUCGGCCAACUCCAAGGGUCUCACAGAGAGCGUCUGCAAAAUGGCCGAGCACUACCGGGUGUGUCUGAGCGACGUGGCAGAGCGGCACCGAUGUCUGAUCAUGCUUGCCAGAACUCCCCGAAAAGUGGAGAAAAGUCUCGCGAAAGUUGGACUGGCUUUCUGCAGUUCGACCGCCACCGAUUCGGGCUCCUCUUUGCGUCGGAGUACUUCUCGUCUGACACUGGUUCUUAUCGUGGGCAUAUGUUGGAAGUUUAAGGCCUUAAAUUAA